AUGGAUGAAUCAAAGAAGUUUUUAAAGAGUCAGGGUGGUAACAAAUGUUUCAUUUGUAAUAAAACAGAUCAUAUAUCUACUCGUUGCCCAAAGAAGAAAGGUGAUGGUUCCAAUUGUUUCUAUUGUAACAAACCUGGUCAUACUGUAAUGAAAUGUCCAGAGAAGAAAUUAGCUAGAACCAAUAAGAAGAAUAAAAAGUUGAAUACUUUUGCAGAUGCUAACAAUCCGUCUGCUGCUGGAUCAGAUGCUUCUGGUGGAGAUAGAGGUGGAAGAGGUGGAAGAGGUGGUAGAGGUGGUUCUGUUGGUGGAAGAGGUGGAAGAGGUGGUGGUAGUACAAGAGGUGGAGGUGCACCAAGAAUCUUCAAAGAUGGAAACAACAAGAGAAAGUCUGCCGACGAUUUGGAUGAUGAUCUAGUUAGUUUCAAUGAUGACGGUGAUAGUGAUCAACCAUUAAAGAAAAGAAGAGGUGAUAAUGAUAAUCAAUCGAUUAGCGCAGAUGAUGUUGAAUUGCUCGAAACAAAGAAUUUAGAUGACGAUGAGGAUGAAAUGAAGAUAAUCGGUGAAGAUAACAAUAGCAAUAACAAACCGAAAAGUACAAACGUUGGUAUCAGCAAGGAGGAAAUCAAAGAAAGAAGAAUCAAAGAUAAGAAUUUAGGUGAUCUAAAAUCUAGUGUCACCACUUUUUCGGCAGACAGUCAAGCUAUGUUCUUAACAAAGAGAAUCAAAGAGGAAUUGAAUCAAACCGAUUUAGAAGCAAAAGAAUAUAAGACUGAAUAUUUCAUACAAGCAAAUCAAAAUGUUAAAGAACUUCCAGAAUUACUUAGACAAUUACAUCCUCUACUUCAUGAUUUACCAAAGAAGAAAUUGAAAUCGGGCUCACCUUUAGUAACUAUAGUGACUAGUUCAGCUACAAGAGCAAUUGGUAUUUCAAAGGUAUUAAAAGAUUUCAAUGUAAAAUCAAAGGUUGGAUUAUACUUUUCGAAACACAAGAAACUUGAGGAACACAUCGAUAUGUUGAAUAGAUACCCGGUGAGAGUGGUUGUAGGUACACCCAGUAGAUUGAUCAAGGUUGCUGAGGAAGGUCAUUUGAAGUUGGAGGGAUCGACAUUGGCCAACCCCAGAGAUUCCGAUCCAAACGAGGAAACACGUUGGAUCCUCAUUGACAAUAGUUUCAAAACAAAGAACGGUCUCGACAUCUUCAAAAUCUGUCCAAAAGAACUAAGUGAUUUCCUCAAUCUAAAUUUGCCAAAAUUAGAAUCUGGUAAAAUGAAAUUAAUAAUUAUUUAA